AUGACAUCCACAUCAGAAACCCCCACCCCCACCCCCACCCCCUCCAUACCAACCCUCCACACCAAAGCCGAGUACCUCAGAGCCGUCAUGUACGAAGGCGUCACCAUCCUCGAAGGCACAGCCACCUGGUGCAAGAACUGCCACAUCGUCGCCCCUGAAGUCGCAAAGAUGGUGGCGGAGUACCCAAACGUAAAGUUUUACACGUAUGAUGUGGAGGAGUGUGAGGAUAUUGCGCAGGAGCUGGGGGUUAGGAGUAUGCCGUCGUUUAGUGUGUUUAAGGAUGGGGAUAUUAUGGAGGGGGUUACGGGGGCGAGGCCGAAGGAGCAAAUCAUUUUACCUAUCAUUCACGAACGCGUCUCCGAUCAACUGAGUGCCCGGGUCAUUCUCGCGCACGACUACAGUAUGGCAGGCCCUGCCAAGAGAAGUGAUUUAAGGCAGAAGGUUAGGCGCACGCUGGUAACUGUUGCGGAGUACGAAGCCGCGGUCGCGCGACUCAGCGACACAGAGACACAAGCGUGGGUAUCAGUAAUGAAGGUCCGACUCCAGCGGCACAAGGAUAAUCUCGAGAUACACAUUUCAAAGCUUGCCGAGGAAGAUAUUACGAAAAUAAUGACGGAAGUCUACGCUGAGCGUCUUUCCGCUCAACGUGAAGUACUAGUCAUCUGCAUUGCCGAUUUGGCACAAAUUGCUGCCACAGAAACAAAGGCCUGGGAAGCCACCGUCGACCGCCAGCUCAACGUCUGCGAAAUGCAAGACACCCACAAAAGUCUAAAGCAAGAACUUCAAGAGAUGGAGCAUGGGAAAGAACAAUUACAAACCGGCUUUGAUAAAUCGACAGAAGACACGGCAGGGGACAUUGGAGUGAAGAGUCUCACAACAGCCAUCGAAGAUCACGCGCAAAAGAUCCGGGAGUCUGAAUCUCAGCUUUCAGAAAAUUUCGAAAUUGCAUACCUAGCAACAGUCGCCAUGAAUCGUGCCGUUAAAAGUGAUCUCGAUAUACCUGGUGUCGGAAAGUAUUUUCCCAUCCCUGCACCCGUCACGAUAACUGCCGCUCAAGUCAACGUCAAAGACAUAGACUCCAUCUUGGAAGCGAACGGAACCGAUAUCGAAGUGGACACUACUUCAGGAUUGUACAUUGCUAUACCCAAAAGCCUGACAGCCGUCGUCAAGCUGGACCAGAAGCUUUCGAGAAUCCAGGUAUGCUCACCACAGAAGAGUUUCCAAGACGUCGAACGCAUUAAGCGACGUAAAUUCGAAGUCGGCGAUAUUGGCUGGUUCCCAGUCUUGCGACCCUCUAUGGUCGAGUCUCCGUCCGACAUUCACACUGAAUUCGGGUACAUCUGCGCAAAGAACUAUCCGCUGAUCAUAGUGGAGAAGCUUCGCGAUUGCAUGUUAGGCUUACCAAUCAACACUUCAGGCGGAAAGGGCUUGAGCAAGAAGGGUCCUUCUGUCAUGAAUCGAAGCGUUCCCAUCGUUAAGUAUCCACUAAGCGAUCCUCCACUAUCUCCAUGGGGACAGGAGCUAUACCCCAAACAAGUACUCAACGUACAGAUGUACAGCAACUACACUCCACCCACAGGGGCCUAUGUCGAUAUGCUCAACACCGUUAUGAUACCAUACGACUCAAGAUUCCGAAAGGAAGGGACAAUAGUGGAUGCUGACAUUCUUCCUCUCCAACAGAUGAGGCUUUCAGCACUGCUAGCGACCUCUCAAGCUGGGCACUUGGAAAAUAUGCUUGGGUUCUGUAGAUGGAUAUGGAGCUGGGGAUUCGAAUUCGGUGUCCUCCCUAGACUCGGGGAGCACUACCGUAGAUACUAUCAGGCUAAGGUAGAUAAGGAACAGCAACAGAAGGAGAAGGCAGAGGCCAAGGCUCGAAAGAAGGCAGAGACCCAGGCUCGAAAGAAGGCAGAGACCCAGGCUCAAAAGAAGGCAGAGACUAAAGCGAAUAUCGAGGCUAAGACACGGUCGGAGGCAAAGGAGUGUGAGGAGGCGAAGGAGCGCGAAGAGGCAAAGAAACGCAAAGAGGUGCAAGAACACGAACGUGCGAUGCGACGCGAGCAAGCGAAAGAAAGCGAGGAGCUCGAACGGACUAAGGCAAUUUGGCAACACAUGUUUGCUAUGGGACGCGAGGAUGCAAUGGUACAAAUGGAUAGGAACGUGAGGGCGUUGACUCGCGGGCCAUCCUGGUGGCCAGCCUGGAGCUUCUAA